AUGGUGUACUUGAUCGCUAUGGCAGUUUGCAACAUCACAACUGACAUCGCACUUCUCAUCUUGCCAUUUCCAACACUGGCUGUCGUUAGACUGAAUCUGAAGACUAAAAUCCAGCUCGCUGUUCUAUUCAGUAUCGGCAUUCUACUAAUCGCAAUCACUAUUGCACGUGUACCGUUAACUUUACAAGAUUCUAUGUCCCAAAGUUCUCGAUCCACUUGGGCCACAAUCGAGAUCUUAUGUAGCUGCAUAGUUGCGAAUGCGCCUUUCUUCUACGGGAUUAUACGAGAACUUCAAUCAUCAGUGACUGAUGCAAGUCGGUCAGGAGGACCGGUCUACAUAUCGAGAAAGGGAUUGGAUCAAAAGUCUUACGAGCUGGAGUUGGGUCCUACAAAUAGUGUGGGAAACAAUAGUUCUCAGGAACUCGUCAUGUCACCAUGA